AUGGGUGCAUGCGGUGGCAAGACUCCAGCAGCGCGAAGCCACAGCCUGCACGUUCCCCAGGACGACAAAGCCCAGGUCAAUGGAGGCUACCCAAGUGACAGCGGCACAGGGUCCACCAACUCCAAACAGAUGAAGGCCGACGGCAUCAACCGCAAGCAGUUCAUCUUGAGCAACCCUGGCAAGAUCACGGACUUUUACAAGAUGGCAAACAAGGUGGGCGAGGGCACCUAUGGCUCCGUGUCUGUUGCCAUACACCACCACUCCCACGUGGAGCGUGCCGUCAAAGUCAUGUCCAAAGGCAACAUCAAGCACGUCCAGCGCUUCAUGCAGGAGAUUGCCAUCAUGAAGUCCAUGGAUCACCCGAACAUUAUCAAGCUUUUCGAGACAUUUGAGGACAGAAAGCAAAUUUUCCUGGUCAUGGAGUACUGCUCUGGAGGCGAACUCUUUGACCGCAUCAUCGAGGCCGGCCACUUCACCGAGAAGGACUGUGCCAUUGUGGUACAGCAGAUGCUGUCCGCUGUGCUGUACAUGCACACCAGCGGCGUGUGCCACCGAGAUCUCAAGCCAGAGAAUUUCCUCUUCUUGACAAAAGGUCCCAUUGACAAGAACGUGCUGAAGAUUAUCGACUUCGGCUUGUCCAAAGCUUUCGAAGAGGGCGUCAACAUGACCACGAAGGCCGGAACUCCGUACUAUGUGGCGCCGCAGGUUCUCCAGGGCCGGUACGACAAAUCGUGUGACAUCUGGAGCUGCGGCGUCAUCAUGUACACAAUGCUGUGUGGGUAUCCUCCCUUCUACGGGAAGACAGACCAGGAGGUCUUGAGCAAGGUCAGAAAAGGCGCCUACACAUUUGACAGCAAAGACUGGAAGUUUGUCUCUGAGGACGCAAAAAAGCUCAUCAACCAGCUGCUGAAGUUGGAUCCAGAGCAGAGAUACACGUCCAAGCAGGCGUUAGCAGACCCCUGGAUCGAGCAGCGAGCGCCGCGGGCGUCCAAUGUGUCCCUGCAGGGCGAUCAGCUCUUGAACCUCCGAUCGUUCAGGUCGCAAAACCGGCUGAAGAAGGCCGCUCUGAACAUCAUCGCAGGACAGAUGAACGAGUCGCAGAUCUCAGACUUGAGGGAAGUGUUCAAAGCCUUGGACAAGAAUGGGGACGGCUUCUUGACUGCUGAGGAGCUGCGAGACGGCAUCACCAGGGCAGACAUUAAGCACAAGGACAUUGACCUCGCUGCGAUAAUGGAAGGCGUUGACGCCGACGGCAGUGGCCAAAUUGACUACACUGAGUUCCUGGCAGCAACGUUGGACAAGAGACUGUACCUGCAGCGUGAUGCCUGCUGGGCCGCCUUCAGCGUCUUCGACCAAGAUGGCAAUGGCCUCAUCACCGUGGAUGAACUGAAGCAGAUUUUGGAGGAGGGUAGCAUGGAGGAAGUGCUCGAUGGCCGGACCUCUGAGGAGCUACUGCAGGAGAUCGACAAGAAUGGCGAUGGAUCUAUUGAUUUUGAGGAGUUUAUGGACAUGAUGGAGCAGCGUGGCGGCACAGAAGGCCCUAGUGAAAGCGGACUACUGUAG